AUGGCGUCCUCAGCUUCCAAGCGCCUCUUCAAAGAAUACCGCAUGCUCUCGAACGACCCGCCAGAAGGCAUCACCGCUGGCCCGGUCAGCGAAGACGACAUGUUCGUAUGGGAAGCGCUGAUCCAAGGCCCGGAAGGCACGCCCUUUGAAGGCGGCGUCUUCCCCGCUGAAUUACGGUUCCCGAAAGACUACCCGCUUGCGCCGCCAAAGAUGAAGUUUAUGACGGAGAUGUGGCAUCCAAAUGUAUACCCCAACGGCGAAGUCUGUAUAUCCAUCCUCCACGCCCCCGGCGAAGACCCCAUGCACUACGAACAAGCCUCGGAACGAUGGUCGCCCAUACAAAGUGUCGAGAAGAUCCUGAUAAGCGUCAUGAGCAUGUUGGCGGAGCCGAAUGACGAGAGUCCAGCCAAUGUAGAUGCGGCGCGCAUGUGGCGGGAGAAGCGCGACGAGUAUGAGAAGAUUGUACGGACGAAUGUGCGGAAGAGUCUGGGGCUGUGA